AAGUUUAUUUGUGGCCAAAAUGAACGAUUAUAUUUGGAUUUUGAACGAAUCAAAAUGGAUGCUGGGUGUGAAUGAACUAUGUACUGAAAAACGAACAGCUUUUUAUCGAGUUGUGUCGUGGGCCCGAUUAUAAUCGGGAAUCCGGCAUCACGGGUCUGUUUAGUAAUUAUUUGAUCAGUUGUGAACUCGUAAAUGUGUCCUAAGAAUAGGGAUUGAUCGAUUUAGUGGCUAAAUUCGGUAAAUACCUUGUCGGUUAUGUGUUUACGAGAGUGUCAGGCGAGCUUCCCGCAGGUGUCCCUAAUAGGAUGAGGACUCUGACGGAAAUAUUGAAUGUCGAUGCAAAUCAGCGAGUGGUGUGUGUCGGGCUGCCGUAGCUACUCGGUGCAAGAUGGCGAGAAUAUACGGACUAAAGUGUUGCUCGUGUGCUCUAUGAGCGGGCAGAAAUGAAAUGCAUAUACAGGAAGGAACAAACACAACUCUGACAACAUGUACCAAAAUGACAGAAGAAGUAGACAGAAGACAUGGUGUGAAUGGAAACAGCAGUAGUAAGGGUGUCAAUGACGAUCCUCCUGUGCACAGUACAGCUCCCGCUGCGACGGGUGGAAGGCUUAAAUUCUUCAAAGAUGGUAAAUUUAUCCUGGAGUUGGUCCGCGGCAGCGCGCGCGAAGGCGAGCGCGUCGGCUGGGUGUCGGUGCCGCGCAAGACGUUCUGGCCGCCCGCCGCCGCGCCGCCCACGCCGCCGCACGCCGCGCCGCCCGCCCCGCUGUCGCUCUCCGACGACAACUCCUCGCUGCACUCCUCGCCCUGCGCCUCGCACCGCGACCACUGCUUCAAGCAGGCCGCGCCGCGCCGCAACCUCUCCAAAGAGCUAGCCAUGUACUACUGCCGACCGACCACUCUGCACACGGCGCACAUCCAGGCCGCUAGCCGGCUCAAGCGGAGGAGGCCCUUCGACACGAGCCACCUCGACGGCCCCGACGGAACCUUACGUAGGGCCGUCGCCAACGGGCUGUGCGACAAGAAACGAAACGGCGACGUCGGCUCGCCGGAGAGCGGGAGCUGUCGGAGCGAGGACGUCGUCGACGCCUCGAACGACUCGAAGAUGAAAACGGACGAGGACAGGUGGACGGAUUUCGAUCGAGAGAAAUACUAUCACAUGAAACUUAAAAAACCAUAUCAGUAUCAUAAGCUAAGAGUGUACAAAAAGACGCGGUCCGCGAUCCGGCGAAAGGAGCUGGCUCGAACCGUCGACCGACUGCGCGAGAAGGUCGCGUCGCUGCCGGUGCUCGUGAACGCGAAGCUGGCGAGUUGCCGGCAGGAGCACAUGAUGGUGUCGCCGCGCAAGCGUAUCUUGCGCGAGAUGGAGCGCGUGAGCCUCGAGGACCAGGCCACCAAGCGCCGCGCCAAGACCGUGCCCGCGCUCAGCACCGCGUCCUACCCGCCGUCGCCGGGGCCCAGCCACGCGCACGCGCCGCCGCGCGCCAACGGCGCCGCGCCGCGCAAGGAGCCCGUCAGCCGCAACGUCAGCAGCUACAGCAUCCACUCGCUGCUCAGCAUGCCCGACGACAGCCCGCGCCGCUCGCCGCACUCCUACCCGCCCUCGCUGAAGACGGAGUCGCCGUCGAGCGUCACCUCGCCCGACUUGAGCCCCAGCCCCGACGGCUACCGCUACCGCUACUCGGCAGUGGCGCGCGACUCGCCCACGCCGCCGCAGCCGGCCGCACCGGCCGCGCCGCCCGCGCCGCCCGCCUUCCGCAGCUACGCGCCUCCCACUUCGCCGUACGCGCCGCGCGCCUGGCCCGCGCCGCCCGCCCCCGCGCCCGCCUACCGCGCGCGCGACGACUGGGCGGGCGCGGGGGCGGGCUACGUGUUCGGCUACGGCUACGUGCCGCACGUGUACCGCGCGCCGGCGCCGCUGUGGAUGCACUACGCGCUGGCGCCGGGCGCGCCGCCGGGGCCCUGGGCGCCGCUGGCGCACCCGCUGCUCACCGACCACAUCCCCAAGGACGAGCCUACUUCCGAUUUGCCACUGAACCUAUCGAAGCACUGA